AACUUCCCGCUUGACCCAGUUAUAUUACAACACUGGUAUUUCCAGCGAUAGUUCCUUGAUCUGUGGAGGGGCACCACCUUUUAGAGAGUAUUUAAACCUCUGUGCCAAACAUUAUCAACUCAUCCCAUCUACGAAUCCUGAUCAGAAAACUGAUUCAUCUCUGAAGAGAAGCUGUGUGAAGAUGGCCAAGCUCACUGUGUGUGUCUCCAUGAUGCUGCUGCUGCUGGUGGUGGCGCUGAGUGAAAGCAGCCCCAUGUGCUGCACAGAGUACCAAGAAAAUCGAAUCCCAGUGAAAUUCCUCAAAUACUACAAAAUCCAGGAGAUCACAGAUAACUGCAACAUCAAGGCAGUAAUUUUCAAGACGGUGAAAAACAGACUGCUGUGUGCCGAUCCUGACAAAAAGUGGGUUAAGAUCGCCAUGGAGACUGUCCCAGAAAAAGUCUGAGCAGCGUCUUCAUCUGUGGAGAUCACCUGAAGAAACCACCCGAAACACACCAAGAUACACAAGAUGACUUUAAUAUAUUAUGUCGAAGUCAAUUCAUCUAUUUUUGUAUUACUUUCA